CACACCGCCGCCACUGCGAUAUUUCACCUUCGAUAUGUAAACAUACUGCCAUCUCUACCCCAGCACCGAGCCGAAAGAAGAAGUGCAACGCGCAGCGUCUAAUUAAAACCAAAUUGAUCGAUUUGGCAGCGGCCGAAACUGGACAUUCGCAAUUUGGGCGGUCAGCCGCCCCCGUCCCGUACCGCCCCGCCCCCCGCGCGUUUCCCGCUGCCGUGGAACAGUCCGUCGGUGUGACGCACGUCGGUGUGUGUGCCUUGUUAUUGUUGUUGUAGCGCUUGCUACGUUCGCCGUUCGCAGUGCGGUGGUGUGCGAGCGAGCCAGUGUGUGUGUGAGUGUGUGCAAAGAGGUAUCGUUGGAAUUAACAAAAAAAAAAACAGAAAAAACAAGAUUGGAAAAAAUUUAAAAGCCGAGAAACAAAGCUGAUCUUUAGCCACCUCCUUUCGGCCAGGUGUGCAAAAAGUGUUCACCCAACUGUUGCAUGCCAAAGAUUCCUGGGCCAACUCUUCUGUUCAUCCACAAACAUCCUGUUCAUCGUCAUACUACGACUUCCCUUGUACUCCCUGCAAAGACGCCUUUUCCAGGGAUUAAUAGUCUCCUGCCUCCCGGAAACACACGCACCUGGGAACUCCCGGGUGCUCUGCAGCGUCCGCAUGUGGCGUUGGCGGCACUCCAGCAAAAGAAGCCAGCGCCAAGUGCCCAAUCCUCAUCGUAGUCCUCGACCGCACUCGGAUAACUUUCAGUGGCAGCGCUACCACAGCAGUUAGCCGGAAAGAAAGCCACGCUCGUGACCUCAUCGCCGGAACAACAACAGCCAGCGCUUGACGCGUGCCUCCUCAUUACCAUUAACAUUCCCAUAACCAGGCGACCAUCUCCUGGCAGGGCACCAGCUGACCACGACUAAGCAGUAGAAAGAAGCAACCGAUCACAAGAAGGCACUUGCCACCAGGAAGCACCUGUAACUGCAGCUGGAACCCUUGCAUUUGCAUGCCUGUUGGACUAGAACCUGUGACCAGCCAGCGCAGCAUGGAUGUGGAACGAAGGCGCCGGGCGAAUACGCUCGAGCGCGAGAUGCGCGAUCCGACCAGCAUCUGCAAUGUGGACUGCCUGCUGGACACGGUUUCGGCUUUGGUCAGCGAUUGCGAUCACGACUCCCUGAGGCGGCUGAAGAACAUCGAGCAGUAUGCGACCAAAUAUAAACCCCUGGCGCUGCAAAUCAACCAGCUGCGGAUGAACGUGGAGGAUUUCGACUUCAUCAAGCUCAUCGGCGCCGGCGCCUUUGGAGAGGUGCAGCUGGUCCGGCACAAAUCCUCCAGCCAGGUGUACGCCAUGAAGCGGCUGUCCAAGUUCGAGAUGAUGAAGCGACCGGACUCCGCCUUCUUCUGGGAGGAGCGACACAUCAUGGCGCACGCCAACUCCGAGUGGAUCGUCCAGCUGCACUUUGCCUUCCAGGAUGCCAAAUAUCUGUACAUGGUGAUGGACUUUAUGCCCGGCGGCGACAUCGUGUCGCUGAUGGGCGACUACGACAUACCGGAGAAGUGGGCCAUCUUCUACACGAUGGAGGUGGUGCUGGCCCUGGACACCAUACACAACAUGGGCUUUGUGCAUCGCGACGUCAAGCCGGAUAACAUGCUCCUCGACAGCUACGGCCACCUGAAACUGGCCGACUUUGGGACCUGCAUGCGAAUGGGCGCCAACGGGCAGGUGGUGUCCAGCAAUGCGGUGGGCACACCGGACUACAUCAGUCCCGAGGUGCUGCAGUCGCAGGGCGUGGACAACGAGUACGGACGGGAGUGCGACUGGUGGUCGGUGGGCAUCUUCCUCUACGAGAUGCUCUUCGGCGAGACUCCCUUCUACGCGGACUCACUGGUGGGCACCUACGGCAAGAUCAUGGAUCACAAGAACUCGCUCAGCUUCCCGCCCGAGGUGGAGAUUAGCGAGCAGGCCAAAGCCCUGAUCCGGGCCUUCCUCACGGACCGAACGCAACGUUUGGGUCGCUACGGCAUCGAGGACAUCAAGGCGCAUCCGUUCUUUCGCAACGACACCUGGUCGUUCGACAACAUUCGCGAGAGUGUGCCGCCGGUGGUGCCGGAGCUCUCCUCCGACGACGAUACGCGCAAUUUCGAGGACAUCGAGCGGGACGAGAAGCCGGAGGAGGUGUUCCCCGUGCCCAAGGGCUUCGAUGGCAACCACCUGCCCUUCAUCGGCUUCACGUACACGGGCGACUAUCAGCUGCUGUCCAGCGACACCGUGGAUGCGGAGUCCAAGGAGGCCAGUGUGGCGAACAGCGGAGCGGCGAGCAAUAACCACGGCCACGGGCACAACCACCGCCAUCGGCCGUCGAACUCCAACGAGCUGAAGCGCCUGGAGGCGCUGCUGGAGCGGGAGCGUGGCCGGUCGGAGGCACUGGAGCAGCAGGACGCGGGCCUGCGGCAGCAGAUCGAGCUGAUAACGAAGCGCGAGGCGGAGCUGCAGAGGAUUGCCUCGGAGUAUGAGAAGGAUCUGGCUCUGCGACAGCACAACUACAAGGUGGCCAUGCAAAAGGUGGAGCAGGAAAUCGAGCUGCGCAAGAAGACGGAGGCGCUGCUCGUUGAGACGCAGCGCAAUCUGGAGAACGAGCAGAAGACGCGGGCACGCGACCUGAACAUCAACGACAAGGUCAUCUCCCUGGAGAAGCAGCUGCUGGAGAUGGAGCAGAGCUACAAGACGGAGACGGAGCACACACAGAAGCUGAAGAAGCACAACGCCGAGCUGGGAUUCACGGUCAAGUCGCAGGAGGAGAAGGUGCGCGACAUGGCCGACAUGAUCGACACGCUCCAAAAGCAGAAGGAGGAGCUGGGUCAGGAGUAUUCCGGGCUGCAUGCGCUGGUGGUGCAGGAGAAGAACCUGCGUUCGCAGCUCAAGGAGAUGCACAAGGAGGCCGAGAACAAGAUGCAGACGCUGACCAACGACUACGAGCGGACACUGAGUCGCGAGCAGAAGGCGCAGGAGGACAACCGGGCGCUGCUCGAGAAGAUCAGCGACCUGGAGAAGGUCAACGCCGGCCUUGACUUCGAGCUGAAGGCGGCCCAGGGCCGCUACCAGCAGGAGGUGAAGGCCCACCAAGAGACGGAGAAGUCCCGCCUCGUCUCCCGCGAGGAGGCCAAUCUACAGGAGGUGAAGGCGCUGCAGUCGAAGCUCAACGAGGAGAAGUCCGCCCGCAUCAAGGCCGACCAGCACUCGCAGGAGAAGGAGCGUCAGCUGAGCAUGCUGUCCGUCGACUAUCGCCAAAUCCAACUGCGCUUGCAGAAGCUCGAGGGCGAGUGCCGGCAGGAGUCGGAGAAGGUAGCCGCGCUGCAGUCCCAGCUCGACCAGGAGCACAGCAAGCGCAACGCCCUGCUCUCGGAGCUCAGUCUGCACAGCUCGGAGGUGGCGCACCUGCGAUCCCGUGAGAACCAGCUGCAGAAGGAACUGUCUGCCCAGCGUGAGGCGAAGCGCCGCUUCGAGGAGGAUCUCACCCAGCUGAAGAGCAAUCACCACGAGGCGCUGGCCAACAACCGGGAGCUUCAGGCCCAACUCGAGGCGGAGCAGUGCUUCUCGCGGCUGUACAAGACGCAGGCGAACGAGAACCGGGAGGAGAGCGCCGAGCGGUUGUCCAAGAUCGAGGAUCUCGAGGAGGAACGCGUGUCGCUGAAGCACCAGGUGCAGGUGGCCGUUGCCCGCGCCGACUCGGAGGCUUUGGCCCGCUCCAUUGCCGAGGAGACCGUGGCCGAUCUCGAGAAGGAGAAGACAAUCAAGGAGCUGGAGCUGAAGGACUUCGUGAUGAAGCACCGCAACGAGAUCAAUGUCAAGGAGGCGGCCUUGGCCACGCUCAAGGAGGCGGAGAUCGAGCUGCACAAGAAGCUGGGCCAGAAGGGCGCCGAAUGCGAGGAUCUCGUCCAGCAGCACAAGAAGCAGCUGGACGAACACUCGCUGUUGAGGACCAGCAAGGACGAGGAGAUCACCAAGCUGCUGGACAAGUGCAAGAACGAGGUCCUGCUCAAACAGGUGGCGGUAAACAAGCUGGCCGAGGUGAUGAACCGACGCGACUCCGACCUGCCCAAGCAAAAGAACAAGGCCCGCUCCACCGCCGAGCUGCGCAAGAAGGAGAAGGAGAUGCGCCGGCUGCAGCAGGAGCUCUCGCAGGAGCGCGACAAGUUCAACCAGCUGCUCCUCAAACACCAGGACCUGCAGCAGCUGUGCGCCGAGGAGCAGCAGCUCAAGCAGAAGAUGGUCAUGGAGAUCGAUUGCAAGGCCACCGAGAUCGAGCAUCUGCAGAGCAAGCUGAACGAGACGGCGUCGCUCUCAUCGGCGGACAACGAUCCCGAGGAUAGUCAGCACUCCUCUCUGCUCUCCCUCACACAGGACUCGGUUUUCGAGGGCUGGCUGAGUGUGCCCAACAAGCAGAACCGGCGACGUGGCCACGGCUGGAAGCGGCAGUACGUCAUCGUGUCGUCGCGCAAAAUCAUCUUCUACAACUCGGACAUCGACAAGCACAACACCACGGAUGCGGUGCUCAUCCUGGACCUGAGCAAAGUGUACCACGUGCGUAGCGUCACUCAGGGUGAUGUCAUACGCGCCGAUGCCAAAGAGAUUCCGCGCAUCUUCCAGCUGCUGUACGCCGGCGAGGGUGCCUCCCAUCGUCCCGAUGAGCAGAGUCAGCUGGAUGUGAGCGCGCUGCACGGAAGUAGCAAUGAGGAACGCCCGGGCACCAUUGUCCACAAAGGUCACGAGUUCGUCCACAUCACCUACCACAUGCCCACGGCCUGUGAGGUGUGCCCGAAGCCGUUGUGGCACAUGUUCAAGCCGCCGGCGGCUUACGAAUGCAAGAGAUGCCGCAACAAGAUCCACAAGGAGCAUGUGGACAAGCACGACCCGCUGGCGCCCUGCAAGCUGAAUCACGAUCCGCGCAGUGCCCGAGACAUGCUGCUCCUGGCCGCCACGCCAGAGGAUCAAAUGAUGUGGGUGGCGCGCCUGCUGAAGCGUAUCCAAAAGAGUGGAUACAAGGCCAACUCGUCCAACAACAACAGCACCGAUGGCAGCAAGAUAUCGCCCAGCCAAUCGACGCGCUCCUCCUACAAGCCGUAUGCGGUUAAUGUGCAACGCUCCGCCACGCUGCCAGCCAACUCGUCGCUGAAAUGAACGCCGACCGAUCCAAUGCGAUCCGAUCCCAGAUCCCAGAUGCCAGAUCCUAGAUCCCAGAUCCCCGGCGCGGCCUUUGCAGCUGGAGCCGGGAGCAGCGAGUCUCCAGCCCCAACGAAACUAAUGCUAUGCAAACUGAUACUGAUAUAUAGAGAGAAAAAAAAAGAGAGAGUGAGCAACUGCAACUUCAAUGGCAACUGCAACUACUAUCUUAAAUUAACGCUCUAAACAUACAUGCUACAGUAAUCUAAAAAUAUUUUUUGAGUAAUUUUUUACAAGCUAAACUAAACUACAACUAAACUGAAACUAAAACUAAUACUAAAACUGUAUCUUAAAGAACAUGUAAAGCCAAUGCAACUCGUUUAACGCUUACCUAACACAUCAAACUGAAUGGUGAGAAAGCUAUGUAGAACAGAAGUGGCAACGUCAAGCGGGUCAGAUAAACCAUGGAUUUGUCGCGUCGUUGUACUUUAUAUACUAUAUACAAUAUAUAAAUAUAAAUACGUUAUGGUAUUCCAUGGCCUGCUAUUGUAUUCUAUCACCGCACUCAGCACAACGAUGAGAGCUGUACUUAGUUAAGUGAAUCCAUGUCGCAGAAAUGAAGGACGUUUGAAGGAGCUGAUUCAGUCGACUCCUUUUUACAUCUUGAUUGCCUUGUAAGAACUUUUUUUUUAUACAUAUAUUUAUAUAUAUAUAUAUAUAAAGCAUAUAUACAUACUUGUUGUUGUUGUGUAGCGAAUCCGAUUGGCCAAACGUUGUUCUUAGUUGUAAAGAAGCGAGAAGAUAACAAAUAACAAAUUGCAUAUGAACAGAGCUAUACAUUAUAUUCGUAGAGAUGUAGAGAUAAAUAUACUCCACCAAGAGCAUAUCCUGUAAGCCACAUGCCAGCUAACAACAAACGAAUCGAGCAUACAACAAACCAGAACUAAGUUAAAGCCACUUUACAAAGCUUUAACUUGUAUUCCAUUUAAUGAUCACUCUUUUUUACAGAAAUAAUAUAGAUUUACGUGUACAAGAGAAGUGGAAAACAAUCAGUUACUUAAAAGGCAAACAAAAUAUGCUGUCCUAUUCCAGUUUCCAGUUCCGAUUUCAAAUCGGUGUUUGAGAAAUCGGAAUAAGUGCAUUCGAAAUCGUUGGUUUCGGGCAUUUUGUCUCAGAGGCAAAUUCAAAAGUAAAGCCGAUAAAUAGUCUUUUUUGUUUUCGAUUUGCGGUUUUCCCUUUGCAAAAGACUCGAUGGGAACCGGAAACGGAAACGGUAACGGAAUAGAGUGUCUCUAGCCAUGGACAGAGCGAAACAUGAAUCGAAACUAAACUAAAAUAAAGUAAAAGUAAACGUAAAGUACACCUAACGAUACGAAAUGAAAGAUGCGACACAGCGUUGUGUGUAAAAGGCUACGUCUAAGUAUUAAAUAUCCAAUAUGUUCUAGUUGUAAGCUAAGCAAAUUAUUUAUUUGUAUCGGCAACGGAAACGGCAGCAGCUUAGCACUCUUUAAUUUGUAUUCCAUUAAUGUUGAUUUUACUUAUGAUUUCGAACCCGAGUUUUGAGUUUUGAGUUUUGUAGUAAUUUGCGUAGUUUGUUUUACAGAGUGUACAGAGUGAGAGGCGCCAGCGCAUUGCAUUUAAAAGUAACGAUAAUAAUAGCAACAUUUCGAAGUUCUGGCUGGCUGGCUUUAAACAUCGGUAGUCGGUUAUUGUAUAUCGCUAAUAGUCUAUCGAUAGCCGCAAAAAAACAGCCGAUAAGUUCGGACUUUGAUUUUGAAAUCGAAGCGCUGCUUUCAUUUACUUUGUAUUUUAUUUGCACUAUUAUUAUGAUGAUCAUUCGUAUUACGUUUAUGUUUAAUUGUACUCUUUAGUUUAACCACGUUUGUAAUUGCAUUUGACCUCGAAUCUUAUCGACUGGCAUCCAAAUGGAAUUGCAAACCUCAAGCAAAUAAAAUGAUAAUGUGUAUAAAAUCA